CUUCAACGGAAACGUUAGGUUUUGAAGGCUAAAUUGGAUCAAGUCAUUUUCAGACGACUGCCAUUUUCAUACCAUUUUCAGAGCUCACUGUUGUGGUCUUUGGUCUCACAGGGUCAACAGAAAUUAGCCAGCAUGCACAUGAGGCCUCUGAUGUUGAUACAGAGUAUUUCUCUUGUAUUUGAAGCGACGCUCACUGAAAGAUUACAGACAUCCUCUCGCGCCACAGGUUACCAAGUUACUCGUUCCGUUGAGUUCGCACUUAGAGAAAAUUCAUCGUCAGGUGCCACAGAUCACCCAGCCACAAGAUACUUUCUACGACCAUCACCUAGCGCCACGGGUUUCCAAGCUUCAGGCUCCCUUCAAAAAAUUAAUGGUCAAAGUCCAUCAGGAGUAGUAUUAACACUAUUAUCACCUGUCAAUGUUGAUCGGGAAACUGCAUCUUCGCAGAAAGUAACAAAAUCAUCAAAUCAUGCUGGCUUUCAAACGGAUGCGAAUUUCUCCGCAUUUGUGCAACGAUCGAGUCCAACAUCCGGUGUUCUAGAUCUCUCCACAGGUUCCUCAGCAUUACUACAGACGGCAAGCUUACCGUCAAGAGCCAGAGGUGUUCAGACUACUGGCGAAUCGAUAGGUACAGUGCAAAUACCUGGGAUUGUCGCUAUGUUUACUCCAGGAGAACCAUCAACAGCAGGUGAACCAUUGCCUCUCCUGGCUAAGAUACUCAUUCCUGUGUUUGGAGUCCUGUUAGUGGUAGUGGUUGGAGUCGCUUGGUGUUGCUGUGUACGAGGAAAGGAAAGAGAAAACUUCGAAAACCUGAUCAUUGAAUCAACUCUGAUGGUGAGACUUGAUGUGACCGAAAAUCGAAGAGUGUCCUGUUAAUUCCAUGCCGUGGUAUUCCUGUGCCAAGGUUUUAGGUGAUAAGAUAAAC